GGUAACCUCUACUCUAAAAUUUGGAUUCCGUAGGUACAUGUACAUGCACAUAAUAACACGGUACCUUUGUGGAGAUGUUUGCAUUGAGGUACCUCCUACAUGCACAUGCUAUGUACUCGGGUACUUCGACUGACCUGGUCCCCCUGCGGAUAUUUUUGUUUACUGGGACCCCUCCAGUCUCAAAUAUGAUUGGCGACAAGCACAUCCCACCCUCAUCGCACUCUAACCUAGGAUAUUACAUACACUAUCUCCACGGUCUUUUUGUCGCGUGGUUGACAUAACUACCUCUUAAACUACAAAGGAGUUAGAAAAAUCCAAAAUUCAUACAAUUGAAUUAUAGCAUUUUUCGGCUUAAAUAUAAUUGGGUCUGGCUGGACUUCUACGCGACCUUAUUAAAACCUACAAGACGCGCCGCCUAUUCCUUGUCGCGUCUAAUGUCCAAGGCGAAGUCUGCUGCAUUACUUAGGCUAGUGGGUUCGGACGACGAGGAAGAAGAUAUCUUAGCCGAAGACACAGCAACUACUACAAUCAUGGCCCCCGGAAGAAAAACCCGUGCGACGGCUGCUUCUGUUAAAGGUGCCUCUACAACGAAACCCCCAGCACGAAAAGCAUUAGUUGAUAAAGCAGCGAAUAUACAAGAAAAACCCGUACGAGGAAAAGGAAAUAAACGACCUGCCGCAGAGGAGAUCACAGCGGUAGUAGAGGAUGAGCUGGAAGGGGAGUCGAUAGCUAGCGAUGCGAAGCCUAAAGGCGCGAGAGGCCGACCGCGAGCCGCGAAGGCACCGAAAAUAUCCAAAGAUGACGAAAUAUCGACUACCGAUCAAUUAGAACCCACGACUCGACCGGCAGGUAGAAGGGGACGUAAACCGAAGACAAAUACCGAUACAUUACCUGUGGAACCCGAAAUCCCCGAAACUCAACCAGCCGAGGACGAGGUUCCGGAGACGCAAGCAGCCGAUACGACGGGAUUUAGUGCGGAAGAAUAUGACCAGAUAGAGGAUUUGCCUCCUCACAAUCGCCACGGAUCAUCCUCUGUUCAACGUAUCCAGUCGCAUAAUAUAUUCGGUAUAAAUCAAAGAACGGUACCAGCUUCAGAUUCCGAUCUUCACGAACCAUCGAUGAGACGACGAGUAGGAGACCUGAGCCGGAAGUAUGAGAACUUGGAGGCAAAAUACCGAGAUCUACGCGAGAUUGGGAUUAAGGAAGCAGAGCGCAAUUAUGACCGCCUUAAGAAGCAAUCAGAGGAGAGAGCCAAUACUGCAAACCAGCUCAUCGAGACUUUGAAAGCGCAGCUAUCUGCCCAAACCGAGCUUGCCAAAGAAGCACAACGUUUGAGAGAACAGCUAGAGGCCAGUCAAACCAAAGCAGACCAACUUCAAAACAAGGUCAACGAUACCAAUGCUUCGUUAAUGGAGGCGAAGACGGAGGUCAAGACACUCACCACGAAGCUAGCUGCUGCCCGAUCAGCCGAAGUGACAUCCAAGAUCCCGGGCAGUGCUAUCAAAGGGUCAAGUGCAAAUAACCGACUUCUCGCCAACGCCGAAGCCGCGGCUCAGGUGGCGCAAAUGAAAGAAGAUCUAUACGGAGACUUGACCGGCUUGAUUGUCCGUGGUGUUAAGCGCGAGCAGGGCGGAGAAACUUACGACUGUAUCCAGACAGGUAGAAACGGAACUCUUCAUUUCAAACUGGUCGUAGGUGGCGAGGAUCUGACGGAGAAACUUGACGAGCCUCAGUUCAUGUACAUGCCUCAGUUAGAUCCAAGUCGCGACCAGGAUUUGAUCGAUAUACUACCUGACUAUCUCGCCGAGGAGAUUACUUUCCCUCAGUCACACGCCGCGCGGUUUUACGCGAGAGUCAUGAAGGCACUCACGGAGCGUCCGGAAUAUGACUGAGGAGAAGACUGUGCACUUUUUUAUUUAUUUGCUAAUACGAAGUUCGGACGGGCGGGGAACGAGUUAUUGUAGAUAUCCAGAUACCAGAAUAUAAUUCUUUGCUGUUUAGUACCCCUUUUAUUCAGAUAAGGGGUUAAUUGAAGGCCGAGUUGACUCGUUCCCCCACAUAUGGAUGCUGAUAUGUUAGGUACCUAGUGUACGUACCUAAUCAGCCCUGUCAGUGCACCCUAGACCCAUACCCGUACAUUAGGUACAAUACCUUAAAUUAAGAAUCCCUGCAA